AUGGGAUCUACAUCGCCGCGCUCCACUUGGGAUCACCUUACCUACCCGAUCCCCUGCAACGAAAUAGGCGCCGAGUUGCACCCCUUCCAAGCCUACAUCCUCAAGAUGGCAGCCCUGGACUACGUUCACCGUCCUCCCCCGCUCACUGAAUCUGGCGAGGAGGCGAAUUUCUAUCUCGGCUUUGAGGAUCAGCAUGAUCUGCUGCUCUCAUGGGUCCUGGACAGCGGCUUCUCCGAGCCUAUUCAUCCCUUGAGAAAGAAUGAUAAUAAUCGCAUCUUAUUCGAAAGACACCCGCUCGCUGUUGUCGUCCUGGAUACCGCCCUAGAAGUUAGCGUAACUCAGAGCACAAUCCGGCGCUUUUCAGAACGUCCCCUUCCUCUUCCACUUGCGCAAUAUGCCGAGAGUAACAGCGCCGGCCUUUCAGGAUUUAGGAUGAACGUGCUGUGGACCGCAGCAGAGCGGUAUGCGGAGAUGAUGAUAGAGGAUGCAGCGUGCGGCGGCGAUGAACGGCACGUGAUUGGCGAAAACACCUUUUUUGAUCGGGUUACGCAGGAGAGACGCCCAAAAGAUGCAGUCUAUAUACAGGAUGUGAAUCUGGCCACCUUCUGCGCUAUCAACGCCGAAUUUGAGAAGUAUGUCUUCAAUAAGGAGAGUAGUUGUGGGUGGUGGUGGGAUGAGGAGUCUCACGCAGAUAAGAUUCGAGAGCUUUUGAAGCAUACGAUCAGGUUGGCGCUGGACAUGGCAUGCAAGGCUAAGGGCGUGGAGCUCGUGAUAUACCCCUCCACGGUGGCGGCGUCGGACGGCGACAGCUGCGAGCUCGAAGACUCGUGUCUUGAGGAGGAAGACCUAUAUCUCGAAGAUGAAGAGUCUCCAGAGGACAAAGGAUCUACCGCAGAACACACAACCGACCAUGAGAUGCAAGACAUCACUGCGGAAGCCAGGAUGGGAUACAAAACUCAAGACUCAGACUCAGACUCAGACACCGAAUCUAUGUACGGUUGCUGUCCCAGAGCUCGAUCCCGUUCACCCGCCUACUCUCCGCGUGAUGGCCCCCCGCAUGAGGACCCCGAAAACGAGCCCGACCGAGAAAAAUCUGAUGCUCAGUACUUUGAAGACUUCACCGGCACCACCUUCAUCACCGCCAACACUAUCCAACCCAGCGAUCUGAACCGUGGUUGGAAGCCGUACCAACCCCCAGUCCCUACUCGGAAUAUCAUGGUUAAUGGAAAGUGGCUGUGUGUUGAGGUCCCAGAGCGCAAGCUGUCCCCAACCAUCACAGACGAUAUGCUUCAAGACUAUCCCAAGCGCGUACAGCUGGGACAUCUUUCCGAGAAGCAGGGCGGAUCCUUCGGCCGACCGGAAAGGCGUAGGCAGAACUUGACGGAAAGCGAGAUCGACAAGCACAUUGAAGAGGCUGCGAAGCCCAUUGAAAAGGCUGCGGAGAAGCCAAAAGUGCCAAAGAAGAUCAAAAAGAAAGGCUGGAAGGCCGUAAGACGGGCUCAGAAGGCCAUGAAAGCUAAAGGUAAGGAAGAUAAGGCUAAGCAAGAGGCGGGGGAGGCUGAGGCAUGGGAUUACAGUGGCGGGGAGGUGCCGGAGAAUUUGGCGGAGUACUUUAGAGAUGCGGAGAAUGGUGAUAUUGAGAGGGCUGCGGCUACUGGCGUUGCGGAAGGUGGAGGCGCGCAGAAUGAGAAUGGGGGCGCAAGAAGGAUCUGGUUGAGGGGGAGAGCGCCGGGGGAGGAGGAUGGCCGCGCACUUGCAUACCCGAAGGUUGUUAACCAUGAGUUGUCGGAAUAG